UUUCGAGUCCGAUCCGAAUUCGAUGUUUUGUUCGAAGAUUUGGGAAUGAAAAUGAAGAGUGGUUGUUGAAAUGAUUCAUUCAAGUGUUUUUGGACAAGAUAAUCGUGUUGUUUUGAUUUUAUAGUCUGAUUUGGUUGUUUUAAUCAUAAUGGAUUCAUCUAGAAGAAAUAACCCUGAAGAGCAAAGGUGUAUAAUCGGACUUCAAGAUUUAAAACUUUCAAACAAAGAUGAGGAUGGUUCUGAGCAAGCGCACCGCAGCGGUGCCCCGUCCAAUUCAAGCACUCUUGGCAAAUCGCGACCAGUCGGUGCGAUAGAGAGUUUUGUGCUCGAUAACACUCAGAACAAUCGUCAAGAUUACAGCUUUUACGAGAGGUCUAAUGUGAUAGCUGCUUCUAAAUUUGCGACUCCUAAACGUGUAGAAACGAUCGCAUCACUCAACAAACGUGAUUUAAACACAGCAGCAUUGCCUGCCAGUCCUACACGAUCAAUCGACUCAUUGUCUCAGAGAUCUCUGAGUUAUCAAACUGAGGAUCUCUACGAGAUACCGUCAAACCCGAACGCCCAAUAUCCGCCGCCUGUGUAUGAGAACAUCGAUUAUUACGGGGAGCAGCGCUCUCCGCAGCCGCCGUACUACCACCAGCUGUACCAAGGCCCGGCGCCGCCCGCGUCUGACGGCUACUACGACACUCGCUACAGCAAAGCCCAGCCACAAGUUCCAGUUAAUUCCAAGCCUAAGGGAAAUCCAUUAGUGUAUGAAAACAUGCUUUGUAAUGACAACAAUACUGAUAAAAAGAGUGAUUUCAAACCCCAAAUAAGCCAUGAACAACGCUUUAUUCAACAAGGCUCAGUUCCUGGCCCUCAGGUACCCAAUACGAGUGUAAAUAGAAACGUCACUCAAAUGUUUUGUGAGAAAGUAAAGGUGGAUAAAGCUCCUCCACCUCCACCAUACAGUACAAAUCAGGAAAACCCCAGUAGUGAUUAUACAAUAAUGAAGUCAGCUCCUCCUAAAUACACUGAUGUAAGUGCACUUUUAAAGAAUGAUGGCACUGUUACUUUUGAUGACAAAGUAGUGAAAAUUCCAUCUACUGCAAUUUAUGCAUCGAUAGCUCCAAGUGCUCAAAGACCUAAAGCAAAUAUUGCAACAGAAGUACAAAUUGCUACAGCUAGCCCUAAAUUUUUCCAUCCUAAACCAAAUAUAGCAAAUAAUCUUGUCAAGGAGAAGCCACCUGUGAGCAACGGAUACAAUGUGAAGCCAGCAGUAGGUAGUAGGAUGCAGAUAGUGGAAGACACAAACAGUUCAGACUAUGUGUGCAUGACGGGCGGGACUCCAGCCGCUGCUGUUGCGGCUGCUAACAGCAAGGAUACUGCUGCUCCACCAGCAGAAAAUCUGGGGCCCAGGAACUUAGUAUCUGGCCUGACAUCACUAUGUUCACCGGCACAGUCCCCUGCCCCUAGUCCUACACCAAGUUCUGUGUCGCAAGUGUCAGGUGGGUCGAGAGGCUCUGGGGGUCGUGGGAAAAGCUUACUGCCUUAUAGCAUUACUCCACCUCGUCCAUCUGGCCCCAGUGAGGCUCAAAGAAAAAUAGAAGAGAUGACACGUCAACUGGAAGAGGAAAUGGAAAGGCAGGAUGAAGAAGGGGAAUAUUUUGGUAUCUGCCAUAUAUGUGGUGCUGGAGUGACGGGAGCAGUUCAGGCUUGUCAGGCCAUGGGCAACCUGUACCACACCAACUGCUUCAUUUGCUGUUCUUGUGGUAGAGCAUUGCGAGGCAAGGCCUUCUACAACGUCCAUGGGAAAGUGUACUGUGAGGAGGACUACUUGUAUUCAGGUUUUCAACAGACUGCAGAAAAAUGUGCAAUAUGUGGGCACCUAAUCAUGGAAAUGAUUCUUCAAGCAAUGGGCAAGUCAUAUCAUCCUGGGUGCUUCAGAUGCUGUGUUUGCAAUGAAUGUUUGGAUGGAGUACCAUUCACAGUUGAUGUUGACAACAAGAUAUACUGUGUCAAUGACUACCAUCGUAUGUUUGCUCCAAAGUGUGCCAGCUGUGGUAAAGGUAUUACUCCUGUAGAGGGUACAGAUGAAACUGUAAGAGUGGUGUCAAUGGAUCGCGACUUCCAUGUAGAUUGCUACAUGUGUUGCGUUUGUGGCAUGCAGCUUACCGACGAGCCUGACAAACGUUGCUACCCAUUAGCUGGCAGGCUGAUGUGCCGCGCGUGCCACCUGGCGACCAUCGGCGCCGCGACAGGCCCCGGCCUGCCGCCCGCGCCGCAUCUGUCGCCCGCCUCGUACCAGUACAUGGGCUGAGCGUCAGCACCUUCGCCACUUUAAACAAAUAUUCACAUAAGUCGUCGGCAGCUAGAUAGUGUGUGCUCAAAACUAAGGUGUCGUAGAUUCGCUCGAUGUUAAGGGAAUACAAAGACAUACUUAUAAAAUCCCGUCCCGAUCGGCCGCAUUUCUUUACGUUUCGUAAGAAUUUGAAAGACGAAACGAUGUUUAUUGACGAUCGGAAGGUCGAAAUUAAAGCCCUAUGAGGAAAAUUUAAAAUAACUGACACUUUCGUCUCACGUAGUCACAAAAUGGCCUAAUUUUGCGGCCGGUCUAAAGUGCUUGCAGAAAACAAGUAUAAUGGGGAUCCAAAACACCAAGUCCUGCCAAUAUUGUCUGCUAUUAGUUUUACAGAGGAAGACCGUUGGACAUACUGUAAUAUGAAUAAUCUGUGUCAAUAGAUUGAAUAUUGGUGAUAUCUAACAAGAUUUCCAAAGUAUAUUGGCUCAGACUAUAUCAUGAUGUGUGUCUUUUUUCGACUUCGUACAACAUUCGCUUACUGUAAUCGGCUUUUAAUAGAAGUGCUGUAUUUUCUUUGUGUAGCUUUAAUAGUAUACAUAAGCGUUUUAGUGGAAUUGAGUGCCUGUACUAUAGUUCAGAGUCUAAUGAUUGGACCCUUUGCUUUGUUUACAAUCUAAGAUUCAUCAUCCCAAAACCUGUUUGAUCUUGCCCAGUCAAUGAUGUGAGCAUUAAUUUUAUUUGCCUAGACUUUGAUGUAAAGUGUAGAAUUGAUUUUUGGCUGUUGUAAUUCGUCUAAUAUUUUGUAGUAAAGCUGACUAUUAACGAAACCGAAAUCUAUUUUAAAAUUUAGAUGAAACUGUAUAGAUCCACCACUGGUAAAUGUAUGCUAUAUUCUAUGCAUAAUGGAUAUUGUUAAGGAGAUAUUAUUAAGUAUGUUAAUUUGUUAAAUAUAAAUGUUAAUAUUUAUUAAUGACUGGCUCCAUCAUGAGGAAUUUAAUUUGCUUUCAUUAUUAGCAUUUAUGAUAUUGUUUACAUGUUUUUGAGCCAGUUAUUGCGCUCAGUGUAGUGUACGACCGAUGUCAUUAGACUACAGUGAAUCAGUAUCCUAAGGACUUUUUCAAUAUAUCCAGUGAAGUUACAAUGGUGGCAAUAAUCAUACCUAACAUCCUAAUGCCUUGAUUUGCGACAGUGCAUAUUAUCAUGCAUUUAAAAAUGAUUUCCUUUUAGGUUCCAUUAUAACAACUUGAUUUGUUUAGUGUUAUUUUGUGAUAAUAUUUAGUUAUUUACAUUAUUGAGUUUUUGAUUUUAAUAAGUUUGCAUUGUAAAGAACAAAUUAAUCUAAAUGGAAUUUGAUAUGCAUUUUACAGUUCAAAGUAUUUCAUGCUACAGUUUAUUAAUGAUUAAAUUUAUAGUUUGAAGAAUGUGUAUCAGUGCCAAUAAUUUAUUAAAAGUCUAGCUGGUUGCCAGACAUUCAUUAAUCAUAUGCAUUUAUUAAUUUAUAGACACAACAUGACAUGGCAGCACUCCUGGUACAACAUGAACAAAAAUAUAAGUUUUAUUAUGUAAUCACUUGGUCACAAAGUAAAUAAGGUUUUAAAGACAUUUCACAUAA